GCUCGGCGAAGAGAGGAAAGUCGGGAAGAAGGAGGGGGAAAUGUUAUGAAUUUCUUCUGAUUUUUUACUUUUUAGAGGAUUUUUUCAGUUCGGAUUUUCUGGGUUGUUCUAGAAGGCAUAUUUGGAUGAGAUCGGCUUUUAAGGCUUUGAGUUUGUUCCUGGGCCGUAAUGGUGGAGACUUGGGAGGUUAAUAUGUAAGAUUUCGGAAGUUAUGGUAUUGAGUUGUUUGGGUUUGUUAGAGUUUGGAGGAGAGUUGUUCUGUGAUGGUGUAUUGUGGGGCGAGAUAUCAUUCGGAUCUGCGAUUUUUGGCUACUUAGAUGGAGACGAAGGUGUGGACUCCAGCUAUUUUCUGGUUGGUCGUGAUAGUUCACUCUGUAUGGCUGAUUUCUGCUAACAUGGAAGGUGAUGCUUUGCAUAGUCUGAGGACAAAUUUGCAGGAUCCUAACAAUGUUUUGUCAAGUUGGGAUCCUACACUUGUCAAUCCAUGCACAUGGUUUCAUGUAACUUGCAACAAUGAUAAUAGUGUAAUAAGAGUUGAUCUAGGAAAUGCUGCUUUGUCUGGUCAGCUUGUUCCGCAACUAGGCCUGCUCAAGAACUUGCAGUAUUUGGAACUUUACAGCAAUAACAUUACCGGUCCAAUUCCAAGCGACCUGGGUAAUCUUACUAACCUGGUGAGCUUGGAUCUGUACUUAAACAGCUUCUCUGGUCCUAUCCCAGAUUCAUUGGGCAAGUUGUCAAAAUUGCGUUUCCUUCGGCUUAACAAUAACAGCUUGACGGGUCCAAUUCCUAUGUCGCUGACUAAUAUUUCAUCUCUCCAAGUCCUGGAUUUAUCAAAUAACCAUCUGUCUGGUGUGGUUCCUGAUAAUGGCUCCUUCUCAUUAUUCACUCCAAUCAGUUUUGCUAACAAUUUGGGUUUAUGUGGGCCAGUCACUGGGCAUCCUUGUCCAGGAUCUCCGCCAUUUUCUCCUCCUCCCCCUUUUGCCCCGCCAAGCCCAAUUUCUGCCCCAGGAGACGGUGGUGCCACUGGGGCAAUUGCUGGGGGAGUUGCUGCUGGUGCUGCCCUGUUAUUUGCCGCUCCUGCAAUUGCAUUUGCAUGGUGGCGACGAAGGAAACCACAAGAGUUUUUCUUUGAUGUUCCUGCUGAAGAGGAUCCUGAAGUCCAUCUGGGACAGCUUAAGAGGUUUUCACUACGAGAACUGCAAGUUGCCACAGAUAGUUUCAGCAAUAAGAAUAUUCUUGGAAGGGGCGGGUUUGGUAAAGUGUACAAGGGACGCUUGGCAGAUGGUUCAUUGGUUGCUGUAAAAAGACUGAAAGAGGAGCGCACACCUGGUGGGGAGCUUCAGUUUCAGACUGAAGUAGAAAUGAUCAGCAUGGCCGUGCAUCGCAAUCUUCUCCGUUUACGUGGGUUCUGUAUGACACCUACUGAGAGGUUACUUGUUUAUCCCUAUAUGGCAAAUGGAAGUGUUGCAUCAUGCUUAAGAGAGCGUCCAGCAAAUCAACAGCCACUAGAUUGGCCAGCAAGGAAGCGAAUUGCUUUGGGAUCUGCCAGGGGUCUUUCAUAUUUGCAUGAUCAUUGUGACCCAAAGAUUAUACAUCGAGAUGUUAAAGCUGCAAACAUAUUGUUAGAUGAAGAGUUUGAGGCUGUUGUUGGUGACUUUGGGCUGGCAAAGCUUAUGGAUUACAAGGACACCCAUGUCACAACUGCUGUACGGGGCACAAUUGGGCACAUAGCUCCUGAGUACCUGUCAACUGGGAAGUCUUCUGAGAAAACCGAUGUUUUUGGGUAUGGUAUUAUGCUUCUGGAGCUCAUAACUGGACAAAGAGCUUUUGACCUUGCUCGGCUUGCAAAUGAUGACGACGUCAUGUUGCUUGAUUGGGUAAAAAGCCUUCUUAAAGAGAAGAAGCUAGAGAUGCUGGUUGAUCCUGAUCUACAGAAGAACUAUGUAGAAGCUGAGGUAGAACAGCUCAUCCAGGUUGCCCUUCUCUGCACUCAGGGCUCACCUAUGGAACGGCCUAAGAUGUCAGACGUGGUGAGAAUGCUUGAAGGUGAUGGCCUGGCGGAGAAAUGGGAUGAGUGGCAGAAGGUUGAAGUUCUUCGGCAGGAGGUGGAGCUGGCCCCUCAUCCCAAUUCUGAUUGGAUUGUUGAUUCGACUGAGAAUUUACAUGCAGUUGAGUUAUCAGGUCCUAGGUGACUUUGGCACAGUAGAAAGUGACAGAGAAGAAGAAUUAUUAUGGCUUUUCCCCCCUUUUUUAACUAUAAAGUUCUCUUUUACUUAUUUUUUGAUUCCUCCUCUUUGCUUUCUCAUGGCGUACCAUAAUCUGAUUAUAUCUGAUCUCCUGUAAGUUCAAUGCAUUAUAUUCAUUUACAUUUGUGCAUAGGGACUGCUUUGUCAGUUGCUAUUUGUAUCAUCUUGUGCAGUUUGACAAAGUGGUGUUUACUUGAUGAAACAAUGGUAGCUUAAUCUUUACACCAUGUCUGACUUGACUUCUAUUUGGAGAUUAUGAUUGUUAAGUUAAUUUUUAUAUUUUAAAAAUUUA